AUGGGAGAUGAAGGACUUUCCCACGUUGCUGUUGCUUGUUUCCAUUCGCGCCUUGCGGCCCUGCGUCUCUCCCGGCGCUUAGAUGUCGACUUUCGAUGGACAACGACCAGUCGAAGUCCGCAGCACCGAUGUUUGCCUCUGCUUUCCAAACAGCAUGCUCGUUUCCCAGUACACUCGAUUGAUCGUGCUGCCAUCGAUGGGUCUCUUGAAAUCUCCAUCAGUCGCCCGUCAACCCAAUCAAGAACCCCCUCUUCUCUCAGCGCCCUAGAUCUGCGACGUCUGCAAAGAUCAUCAAGGGUCCACGACUCCACGAUGCUAAGAUCGGUGCGAAAUCCGCAGAAGCUAAUACGCGCUGAUGCUAUUUCCAGACUCGUUGUGCGGCUACUAUGUUAA